GCUGGAGCAGCUGUUGCACUGAGCGGUGCUGCUGCUGAUUUCGGUCACCAUAGCAACAGCAUCACCACCAGCAUCCUCCUCCUCUUCACUCACUCUCCUCCUCCUUAGCAUCAUCAGUACCAGGAGCAGCAGCAGCAGCCCUGCCAGGAGCCAGAGCCCAGCCGUGGGGACUGCAAUCAGCUAGCUGCUUUUCUGUCCCUGCUCUCACCACCACCACCGGACCAGCAGCCACCACAGCCUCACUUCUUACUGGGGGAAGGAGCGGCAGCAAGUUGACGGAGGUGCACUGCGGAGGGACCCAGAAAGACCCAGGUGAUGACCUGAAAAAAUCAUGUCUGAGGUACAGGGAACGGUCGAGUUUUCUGUGGAACUACACAAAUUCCAUAAUGUGGAUCUCUUCCAGCGAGGGUAUUACCAGAUAAGAGCAGGAUUGAAAAUCCCCUCCAGGAUUCCCCAUAGACUGUAUGCUACAAUUGCUGGACAAACAGGUGACUCCAGCCUCUGCUCAGCCUGUGUUCAUGAGAACAACGUCUACAGCAGAGUGUUUCAGAUCUUGUACAGGAACGAAGAGAUUGUUCUUAACGAAUCCAUGAACUUCAGGGUUCAUCUCCUCCUAGAUGGCGAGAGGGUGGAAGAUGCGUUAAGCGAAGCCGAUUUUCAGCUCAAGUUGGACCUGCACUUUACUGAUAGUGAGCAGCUGCUGAGAGAUGUUCCUGCCAUCCCAGUGAUAAGCAGCCGCACUCUGUGUCUUCACUUCCACCCAAAGAGAGGCCUGCACCACCAUGUUCCCGUCAUGUUCGACUAUUUCCACCUGUCGGUGAUCUCCGUUACCGUGCAUGCCUCGCUGGUAGCAUUACACCAACCGUUGAUCAGCUUUGCUCGUCCAGGGAAAGGAUCAUGGCUUGGAAAAGGCAGUCCGGAGACGGGACCAGACCAGACCAGUAUGUCAUUAGAGAACCUUGUGUUUGGAGCCAGCUACUGCAAACCUCCUUCUUCAGAGGGUAGCUUUUAUGUUCCUUCUGAAAACUGCAUGCAGCAUGCAUACAAAUGGCAUAAGGACUUGUGUCUGCUGCUCUUGAAUGCUUACAGAGGACUUCAGAUUUACUACACAGUCCUGAUGAAGGAGAUUCCAGAUUUACCGCAGCUGAAGUUAGAGGAGCUGUCUGUGGAAGAUACGUUAUCUCAACUUUGUACAGAGCUGCAGCUGCUGAACAAUCCAGAAAAGAUAGCAGAACAGAUAAGCAAGGACCUAACCUGGCUUUGCUCCCAUCUUCUGGCAUUAUGGACUCAGUUCCUGGAGGUGGUGACACUCCAUCCAGACAUCACAGCCUAUCUUACUCAGGAGCAUCACACAUUAAGGGUAAGAAGAUUCUCAGAAGCUUUCUUCUCUGCUGAGCACCAGAAGCUCGCUGUACUGACCUUUCAGGAAAGCCUGAUCCAAAAUCACGGGCAGAUUUCGACAGAAAUUCGCAAUUCGGAGUACUUCAGCAGCAUGCCCCCCCUGCCAGCUGAAUGCCUCGACAUAGACGGCGACUGGAACACGCUCCCUGUCAUUUUUGAAGACAGAUACGUAGACUUCCCUUACAAAGGGGAGAGUUUGGGCAUGUACCCAGCUUUUGAGUGUCCUGCUUUGGACAGCACGCCAAUGGACUUAAUAAAUAACAAGGGGGAUCUCACUACAGAUAAUGACAUUGUAUCACCAAAGGGGAAAUUCAGGAGAGAGCCUCUGCUAAUACACACGGAUAAGAUCAAUGGGAAUCCCACUUGCAUCUAUAGUGAUAUUGAAGCUUCUGCUUUUGCAGCUGAAGGCUUGACCCAGCACCCAUUAUCUCAGGUAUAUACAGUGAACAAAGAAGGCCAAAGGAAAACCGAUGUGUCCCAGGAAAACCUGUUUGUUUCUCGUGAGGAAACUGUUUCUAACUUGGGGCCAGCAGAAGACUGUAAGGCAUCAGCGGAUGCUUCAUUAGCAGCUGAUAGACUUGCAACAAGUGUAACGCACACGAUACCUAGCAAUAAGGAAUCCUGUAAAAGUGAACCUGUAUUCGUCAUUAGUGCUCAGUAUGAGAACGGGGCAUGCGGGACUGAUGAUUUAUUAGAUGGGGCUGAAUUAAGUAAAACGGCUACGUCUAAGGAUGGUGAUGAUGAUCUCACUUCAGAUGAGCUUGCACUAAAUCAACUCAAUGGCCUUGGAAAACCAGGGGAUCCAGAAAGCAAGACUCUGUUGCCCGCUUUGAAGGCACUCCCCAUUGGUACUUUUGAAGUGAAGACAUUUCCAAAGGAGCAAAGAGCUGAGGAAUGUGAGGAGUUUACCCUGAGUUCUGGAGCUAUAAAGAGAUCCUCCUCCGUAAUCUCGGACUCUGGCAUUGAGAGCGAGCCGAGUUCAGUGGCCUGGUCUGAUGCCCGUAGCAGGGCUUUGGACCUGCCCAGUGACCGCGAGAUUCUGCAGCAGCUGGUCCGGAGGCACGCUAUACACAGGAACUCGCUGGAGGGAGGCCACACAGAAAGCAACACGAGCUUGCCCAGUGGGAUUCAGGCCUCGCUGACCUCAAUUAGCUCUUUGCCAUUUGAGGAAGAAGAGAGGGAGGUAGAACUGACAAAGCUGACCAAAUCGGUUUCCGCUCCCCAGAUCAGUAGUCCAGAGGAGUCCAUCGAUGACAAGGAUUUAUCCAGAAAUGAUGACGCAGCCUUGGAGGCGGUGGAUGGGAACUUGCAAAGCUACUUGCAUGCAGAAUACAGAAGAACCGACUUAAUGGGGGGCUUUGUUGACUCUCAAAAUGCAACCCAAAGUGAGCGGUUGGACCCGGGCCCUGCCUCAGGAGAGCGUCCUAAUGCCACUGUCAAACAGGGCAUCUGUGGCACUGAGUUACCGGGGGAAGAUGAAGAUAAGGAAAUUUUCACUGAAACAGACUGUAGUUUGGGAUAUGCAGAACAAACUGUUAAUGUAACGGAGCACCAAGAUGAUACCACUGAAUGCCCAGCGGUGCAAAGAAAAGGCAAGCAUGGCUUGAAAAUGCCAAGCAUCUGCACCUACCUGGACACAAAUGUAGUUCCAGCUGCUGCAUAUAGCAAGGACCCAAAUGAGACACUUCAGUCUGUGCCUGAGGGUUUGAAACUAGGUCAAGACUUUUAUUCUAUUGCUGGUAUAUCGGAUGUGGAGAAUUUCUCCCACUGCGUGAGCCAGGUGCCAGACUUCUGCUACACUCUUCCAGCUUCCUCGGAGGCGUCAGCCAGACUUGAUUCAAUGAGAGGAGAGUGCAGCAGUGAAGGCUUGGCGCCCUGUGAGGAAAUGCAGGAUUUACAAGAAAUCGAACUCGGUGAUGCACCUCCAUUCGUGGACCCUGCUUCAGGGCCCUCUCCGCGCGAGUAUCCUCGGGAUCCAGAUGAGAGGGAGCACAAACUUGUGGCUAACGGCACUGGGUUUCAUUCUGUGGCUACAGAGGGCUUAGCCCUGGAGAGCAGAAAGGCUGGCGAUGUGGUUAACCUGUCUGUGUCUUGCACUGCCACGUGUCUUCCCUUUUCCUCUGUGCUCAAAGAGACUCCAGCUACGGCUGGCUUCUCUUCAAAGCAGGCUGCUUUCCCGAUCACGCGCCAGCCCUUGGGCUCUUUCGGAGUUGUCUCUUCUCAUUCAGACGACAUGGAUGAAGAGGCCAAUGAAAGGAUGCUGAAUUUUUAUCAGGCCAAAGAAAAAUUUAAAAAAGAAAUGAAGAUUGAAGGAUUUCUGUACAGUGACUUAUCUGUACUAGCUUCUGAUAUCCCAUAUUUUCCACCAGAGGAAGAGGAAGAAAAUUUGGAAGAUGGAAUUCACCUGGUUGUCUGUGUCCAUGGACUGGAUGGUAACAGUGCGGAUCUGCGACUCGUAAAGACUUUUAUAGAACUGGGACUCCCCGGUGGAAAACUGGACUUCCUGAUGUCUGAAAGAAACCAGACUGAUACUUUUGCUGAUUUUGAUACAAUGACCGACCGAUUGCUGGAUGAAAUUAUUCAACACAUCCAGUUAUACAACCUCUCCAUAUCCCGAAUAAGUUUCAUUGGUCAUUCCCUUGGUAAUGUCAUUAUCCGAUCGGUACUAACCCGACCCAGGUUUCGCUAUUACCUCAACAAGCUCCACACCUUCCUGUCCCUCUCUGGGCCUCACCUGGGAACCCUCUACAACAACAGUACUUUGGUUAGUACAGGCCUGUGGAUCAUGCAGAAGUUGAAAAAAUCAGGAUCCCUUUUGCAGCUUACCUUCAGGGACAACGCGGAUCUACGCAAGUGUUUCCUGUACCAGCUCAGCCAAAAAACAGGUCUUCAGUACUUUAAAAAUGUUGUGCUGGUGGCAUCUCCCCAAGACCGAUAUGUCCCAUUUCAUUCAGCAAGAAUAGAAAUGUGCAAAAACGCACUUAAAGACAGACACAUAGGUCCUGUUUAUGCAGAGAUGAUAAACAACCUCCUCCAGCCUUUGAUUGGAGAAAAGGACUGCACUUUAAUAAGACACAACGUGUUCCAUGCCCUGCCAAACACCGCCAACACGCUGAUCGGACGGGCGGCUCACAUAGCAGUGCUGGACUCUGAACUCUUCCUGGAAAAGUUUUUUCUGGUGGCAGGACUCAACUACUUCAAAUAGUGCCUGAAGGACUGGGUAAAACAAAGGGAAGCAUUUUGUUCAGUGAAGUAGAAUCCCUUAGCCAAACGAGCGCAGUAUUAGCAAUGAGAAAUAUGCACGUGAUCAGGUGGGACAUUACCACUCCCUCCAUUUCCAUUUAUGUUUCAGAGAAUAAAGUGCUAUGGCUUUAAGGUAUUCAAGCUUCCAAAUAUUGGUGCUUUUGGAAGACAUAAGUAUUCACAGUCAGUUUCUGUUCUUUGUUCUCAUAAUGAUGAAAGCUACUUCGGAUUUAGUGAAGCAAGCAUAAGAAAGCCAACACUUUAGGUGUGAUUGGACCCGUAUGAUCUCCAUUAUUAACGCAGGAAUGUAGUCACCCUUGGUCAUUACUCACAUACUUAUUAACAGAGCUGUACAUCUGUAGCAUUUUUGUUGGAAUAGUUAACACAAGAGGAAAGAAGCAUAUAUGAACUCAGGUUAAAACCUCCUUUAUGAUGAACUGGAAAAAAAUGAAAUAUAUUUAUGUGAUCAGAAUCCUUGAUAGAUGCAACAGUUAGGUUUGUCUAAAGAAAAUACAGAGAUGUUUCAUUAUCCUGACUAAUCUGUAACAUUCAUACAUUCAAAGCAUGGGAAAGGGAAAAGAAAUAUUUUAAAUAGAAGGAAAAAAAAUCUUGAAAAGUCUCUUUAUUUCUUGUUUACUUUUAAUCCUUUAAGUCGAAAAAAAAUGAACUCAAGAUAGAAGCGGCCAAGCCAAGAGGAAGAUAU